AUGAUGCAGUGCAAGCUGGGUUCAGCUGCGCGUCAGCCGAGCGGUGCUAGUCACGCUGUGGGUCUGAGUAGCUGCAUCUUGCCCAAGCAGAGCUCUUCACCCCGGGGAGCCCCCGUGCUUCUCCCUGUACGACUGCAGCGGGUCUCAAGGGAUGGGUCUGUUACACCUACCCUUUCUCAGCUCUGGAAUUCAGAGUUGACUAGAGGAAGAUUACCAGCCUACAGCGUGUCCUUAUGGCCAAGUGGCCUGGGCUGCUGCAGGCUGAGCGGUGCCAGCAGGUCGCGGCAGCUGGUCCUUGCCCUUCGCUCGGCCCUGGCGAGGCCCUUAUGUCCAAUGCCAACCUGUUCUGUAGUGUCAUCUUCGCAAUUUGUUGUAGCUGUCGAUGUGAUGUUUCAAACGCGCACACAGUCUGAUUGUCUGUUGGGGAGACCCGAUACAUUAAUGCCACGGGCGAAUGGUAGCGGUGCUACAGCUGUUGUCCAGGCAGCGCUAUGCAAACCCAGGCAAGAACGCGUAGCAAUAAAGAGGAUCAACUUAGAGAAAUGCCAGACCAGUAUGGAUGAGCUACUCAAAGAAAUUCAAGCCAUGAGUCAAUGCAAUCACCCCAAUGUGGUGACCUAUUACACUUCUUUUGUGGUGAAGGAUGAACUUUGGCUGGUUAUGAAGCUGUUAAGUGGGGGGUCAAUGCUGGAUAUCAUAAAGUAUAUUGUCAAUAGAGGAGAACACAAAAAUGGUGUCCUUGAAGAACCAAUAAUAGCAACAAUUCUUAAAGAAGUUUUGGAGGGGUUAGACUACCUACACAGGAAUGGACAAAUUCAUAGGGAUUUGAAGGCUGGCAAUAUUCUUCUUGGUGAAGAUGGCUCUGUACAGAUAGCAGAUUUUGGUGUUAGUGCGUUUUUAGCAACAGGAGGUGAUGUUACUCGUAACAAAGUGAGGAAAACGUUUGUUGGUACUCCGUGUUGGAUGGCCCCUGAAGUAAUGGAGCAGGUGAGAGGCUAUGACUUCAAGGCUGAUAUGUGGAGUUUUGGGAUAACAGCCAUUGAAUUAGCAACAGGAGCAGCACCUUACCACAAAUACCCUCCUAUGAAAGUGUUAAUGCUGACAUUGCAAAAUGACCCUCCCACUUUAGAGACGGGUGUAGAGGACAAGGAGAUGAUGAAAAAGUAUGGCAAAUCCUUUAGAAAACUAAUUUCACUAUGCCUUCAGAAAGAUCCUUCCAAAAGGCCCACAGCAGCAGAACUUUUAAAAUGCAAAUUUUUCCAGAAAGCCAAGAAUAGAGAAUACCUGAUUGAAAAGCUUCUCACUAGAACGCCUAAUAUAGCACAAAGAGCAAAAAAGGUUAGACGAGUGCCAGGUUCCAGUGGCCACCUCCAUAAAACAGAAGAUGGGGAUUGGGAAUGGAGUGAUGAUGAAAUGGAUGAAAAGAGCGAGGAAGGCAAAGCUGCUUUUUCUCAGGAAAAGUCACGAAGAGUGAAAGAAGAGGAGAACAUAGAGCCUGCUGUUAGUGACGAAUACAGUGAAGUUCCAUGCGCAGUGAAUCUUGUUUUAAGAUUACGGAACUCCAGAAAAGAACUUAAUGACAUACGGUUUGAGUUUACUCCAGGCAGAGACACGGCAGAUGGCGUUUCUCAGGAGCUGUUCUCUGCAGGCUUGGUUGAUGGCCAUGAUGUAGUUAUAGUUGCUGCUAACUUACAGAAGAUAGUAGAUGAUCCUAAGGCCUUGAAAACAUUGACUUUUAAGUUGGCCUCUGGCUGUGAUGGCUCGGAGAUUCCUGAUGAAGUGAAGCUGAUUGGGUUUGCUCAGUUAAGUGUCAGCUGAUGUCUGUCCCUUGACCCCGAGCUGAAUUGUGAGAUUGCGAAGAGGCCAGCUUAGAUGCAAAGGAAAAUUAAGCACCACAUACUGAGUUCUGCUUCAUUCUCUAGCAAUUCACAAAGUCAGAAAAAGCAAAGCCCACAGCUAUACCACUGCUGCUAACAUUCAAAAUGCUACUAAAUGUCUCUUAGCAGUUGAUUUGGAUUCCCCCUAAGCGAGAAGCCUGUGGAAAAGCACUCAGGUGGCUGUAUUUAUUGGUUACAAAAGGAAUUUUCUAUCAAGCUUACUUCUUUCAUAAACUUUUGAGUGACACAAUUUUACCUGUACUUGUGGUUGAUCAUACUGCCUCUGUUCUGUUGUAUUUAGAAAUUACCAUAAAUACAAAAGUUAAUUAUUAGCCAAACUUGAAUUCUAGUUUUAAAACUGUGAAUUUUAUUUUUCAUAUAUUUAUGCAUUACAUAUCUUAAAAUGAUUUAACUUGAUUAUGUGCUAUUUGCAAUUGAUCUCCCAUUAUUUAAAAAAAAAAAGUUUCAGGUAUAUCCUUGAUAUAUUUGGUAAACUACUUUUUUUUUUUUAAUUAGUUAACUAGGUGUUAGCAAGCUGUCACUGGGUGUGUGUCUUAAAAACAAUCCACAAACUGAUUGUCAAGGGUGUGGGAGGUGCCUUGCAUACAUUAAUGUUUCCAAGAAUGUGCCUGAGGCUGCUUAAAUC